UUGACCCCGAAGCUCGUGUCCGGAGCAGAAGGAGAGUGUGGUGUAGGGCUAGGCCCUUAGUUUUUGAUCUUCGUCUGUUAAUGUAGUGUAAAAUGGGCACAUAAGAGAGUGUUACAAAAAUACUUUCGAGCUCAAAGUAAAAGCGCCGUAACUUAAAAUUGUUGAAAAGUGAAAUAUUUGCAUAGAGAAAAAUGGCUAAUCCGAAUCGCGAAAGUGUUAGCACCCGUUUCUCGGACAAUUACGACCUUAAAGAGGAACUAGGAAAAGGAGCCUUUUCAAUAGUGAGACGUGCCGUUCAAAAAUCGACUGGCUAUGAAUUUGCAGCGAAGAUUAUCAAUACUAAAAAACUUUCAGCUAGAGAUUUUCAAAAACUGGAACGAGAGGCUAGAAUUUGUCGAAAAUUGCAGCAUCCUAAUAUUGUAAGACUUCAUGACUCCAUCCAAGAGGAGCAUUUUCACUAUCUCGUUUUUGAUUUAGUAACUGGUGGAGAAUUAUUUGAAGAUAUCGUAGCGCGAGAGUUUUAUUCUGAAGCUGAUGCUUCUCAUUGCAUUCAGCAGAUUUUGGAGUCAGUGCAUCACUGCCACCACAACGGAGUGGUCCACAGGGAUUUGAAGCCCGAAAAUUUAUUGCUUGCAAGCAAAGCUAAAGGUGCAGCUGUAAAACUUGCUGAUUUCGGUUUAGCAAUUGAAGUACAAGGUGAUCAACAAGCAUGGUUUGGUUUUGCCGGAACUCCUGGUUAUUUAUCACCAGAAGUGCUAAAGAAAGAACCUUACGGCAAACCUGUAGAUAUCUGGGCUUGUGGUGUUAUUCUGUAUAUUUUGCUUGUUGGCUAUCCCCCAUUUUGGGAUGAGGAUCAACACCGAUUAUAUGGGCAGAUUAAAGCGGGAGCUUAUGAUUAUCCCUCCCCCGAAUGGGACACCGUAACACCUGAGGCGAAAAGCCUUAUUAAUCAAAUGUUAACUGUAAACCCAAGUAAGAGAAUCACAGCUUCUGAAGCUCUUAAGCAUCCGUGGAUCUGCCACCGCGAGCGCGUUGCUUCAGUUAUGCACAGGCAAGAAACCGUGGACUGCUUGAAGAAGUUCAAUGCUCGCCGCAAAUUGAAAGGAGCGAUUUUAACCACCAUGCUUGCGACACGCAACUUCUCUGGAAAAUCAAUGGUAAACAAGAAGGGAGAUGGAUCUCAAGUCAAAGAAUCGACUGACAGUAGUACUACUUUGGAAGAUGAGGAUUUGGACAAAGAUAAGAAGGGAGUAGACAGAGCGUGUACAGUCAUUUCAAAGGACCACGAGGAAGAAGCGCUUACAAAAGCUGAUUCAUUUGGAAAAGCCCGUGGUGACAGUAACGCUUCUCUUCGCCGUGCCGAAGUGAUAAAGGUUACCGAGGUCCUUAUAGAUGCCGUAAACAACGGUGACUACGAUACGUAUUCUAAACUUUGUGAUCCUAAUGUGACUGCAUUUGACCCUGAUGCACUGGGCAAUUUGGUGGAGGGUGUAGAAUUCCAUAAAUUCUUUAUCGACAAUACUCCAACACACGUUAAGACCAACACUACAAUCCUAAACCCUAGGGUGCACCUGCUCGGUGAUGACGUAGCGGUGAUUGCGUACGUGUGUUUAACUCAAAGUGUCGACGCAGAAGGACGUCGUGAAACUCACCAAUCGCAGGAAACUCGCAUAUGGCACAAACGCCACAACAAGUGGAUAGCUGUGCACUUCCAUCGCUCCUAACUAGUCUCGACCCAUGUCAAGUUGCCACAAAUUAAAAGUUCUACAAAGCAACCGCUGUGUAAUAGUGUGGCUAUCAAAACGAUUAUCACCUUUCAUGGUGAUGAAUGAGUGCUCACAUCACUCCUAUGGCAACAGUACAAGAUUAUAUUUGAAACUUAAUAUCCAAUUUCGCUAUGAAAAUUACACGAAUUUUAUUAGAAUUCUUUUGUAAUCUCAAGGAAUUAAGUUAAUAUUUAGAUAAAUAUUUAUGUCAAUGUAAACAAUUCAAAAGCUAUUUCUAAUAAAGUAAUAGUUAUCGAACUAUAAAGGCAGUAAUGUGGCUAAAAUGUGAUACCGUUGAAUUGUUCAGUGCUUGAUGCUAGUUGAUAACUCGUAGAAUGUAAAAUAAAUCUGAUCUCCGCCACAAUCGAAUAUUAUCAUCGAAAAUCUCAUAAUAAUUGACAUCAAAGAAAUCUCAGGAAAUAAACAGAUCUGAUAAAAGUGAAUCUAUGUCAUAGGUGAAUAUGUGAAAUGCAGAAAUUUUAAACAUUUCGAGUUUUUAGCACAUUUCUCAAUAAGUCUCUCUACAUUUUUAACUAUGAAUGUUUUGUCGUGCUUAAAAAGGUGUUCUAUUUGUUAUUGAAUACCUAGAUAAUAAGACUUAAGAAUUAUUGCUGCAGUUAUUGGCACUACAUGUUGCAAUGCUAAGACAAAUUUAGUAGUGUACUAAAAUAUUAUAAACCUAUAGAAUAUAUUGUA